AUGUUACAAAAUUAUUGCAGAUCUUUGGGGUUAUUGGGGAAGCUGUUAGUCACCGAAGGAAACGUUGUAAAUGCUUUAAGACAAACACCUGUUGCCUUGAUGAAACCAACAACCCCACAAUAUGCUAUUACUUCCCUGCGUUUCAAACAUCACCAACAGCUGGACUACUCACGUUAUCCCAAACUAAUUGAGGAGGAGUUAGAGGAGACAUUUACUCGUGGCAGUGGACCUGGUGGUCAAGCAGUUAACAAAACAUCUAAUUGUGUAUUACUAAGACACAUACCAACCAACAUUGUGGUCAAGUGCCACAUUCAUCGUUCAGCCCAUAAAAAUCGCCAAGAGGCACGUAAAAUCUUAUUGGAGAAAUUAGAUGCCCAUUUGAAUGGGGAAUUUUCCAUACAAGCCCAGCUAAAGGCCAUCGAGAGUAAAAAGUCAGCCGAGCGAAAACGUAGACAAAACAAAUUACAAGAAAUGAAACAAAAAUGGAAGGAACGUGAGCAACAGGAAACGGCAAGGGAUAAAACAACAGAUAAUUCUUAG